AUGUCAACAAGAAAUAUUAUGACAACGACAAGUAAUUUAAUGACAAUAACUACGAAUAAUACUAUAAACAAUUCAAUUGAAAAUCCUUCUUCACUAUCGAUACCUAGAAAUAUUAUUGAAUUCAAUGAUAACGAUUUGGAUUUAAAUGAUAUAAGGAAAUUUGCAUUAGAAAAACUUGAUAAUGAAAAAUUUGGAUGGUUUCAUAUUCGUAUUUGUAUGAUUACUGGUAUAGGAUUUCUUACCGAUAGUUAUGAUUUAUUUGCUAUAAAUAUAGUAUCUGCCAUGUUAGGUUAUGCAUAUUUCAAGGAUCAAGACAAUGAAGAAAAUGCAAUAAUUCUUGGAUUAUGGUUAAAGAUUUCAGCAGCUAUUGGAACAAUAAUUGGUCAAAUUUUGUUUGGAAUUUACGCUGAUAAACUUGGUCGUAAAAGAAUAUAUGGAAUCGAACUUAUGAUUGUAAUCAUAGCAACGGCAGGCUCAAUGCUUUCUGCUAAUUCUUUCUCCAUUUCAUUAUUUAAUUCACUUAUCUUUUGGAGAUUACUAUUAGGUAUUGGGAUUGGUGGAGAUUAUCCACUUUCUUCAGUAAUUACUAGUGAAUUCUCUACCAAAAAAAGACGUGGGACUAUGAUGGCUGCUGUUUUUGCUAUGCAAGGUUUUGGUAUUUUUUUUGCAACAAUAAUAUCAAUUAUUACUCUUAAAAUAUUAGAAAAGCAAAUUCAGAAAAAUGAUAAUUAUCUUGAUUACGCUUGGCGUGCUGUACUUGGAGUAGGGAUAAUUCCGGCAUUUAUAGGACUUUAUUUUCGAUUAGUUAUAUCAGAAUCACCUCGUUGGACGAUGGAUGUUCAAGGAAAUGUUGAGAAAGGUGCUAGAGAUGUUGAUACUAUUAUUUUUUAUCAUUCCUUGAUAAAACCAGAAGAAGAAACAUUUGAACCAACUUUUCUUGCAACUAUACCUAAACCUUCUUUUAAAGAUUUUUGUCAUUAUUUUUCUAAAACGGAAAAUUUAAGAAAUUUUGUUGCAAUUUGUAUCUCUUGGUUUGUAUUGGACGCGACAUUUUAUGGAAUUGGAUUAAAUCGAGAAACUAUUAUUUAUAAAGAAAACGAUGUUAACAAAUCUAAUGAUUCAUAUCAAUCAUUAUACGAUUUAAUAAUUGGAAAUAUGAUUAUUACAGUAGUGGGAUCUAUGCCUGGAUAUUGGUGUAGCGUUAUUUUGAUUGAUAAAUUAGGAAGAAAAUUUAUUCAAUUAAUGGGAUUUGCUAUGCUUACUUUAUGUUAUGUAAUACUUGGAUUCGCGUAUCGAGCCAUUAACAAUGUAGUAUUUAUUUUAUUACUUACACUAUCAAUGUUCUUUCAUAAUUUUGGACCAAAUACCACAACUUUUGUCAUUGCUGGUGAAUUAUUUCCUACUCGUUAUCGUUCAACUUGUAAUGGAAUAGCGGCAGCAAGUGGAAAGUUAGGUGCAAUUAUAGCACAAAUUGGAUUCUUUAAAUUUAAAGAUAUUGGAGGGAAAAAUCAAUUUGUAGAUAAAUUAUUACAAAUAUUUGCAAUUUUUUCACUUAUAGGAUUUUUGAAAUCCUUAUAUAAGAUGUCAUCUCCUCCAGAAAUAAAUCAAGAUGAAAUUGGUGAAAUUGAAUUUGAACGUGAACGUGAUUCGGAUGAAGAUGAAGAAUAUUCUAUCGAAAAGAUAAAACAACGACAUGAUUAUGAUAAAGACAGCCAAUCUGGAAAACUUCACUAUGUCUUCAAACGAACCCUUAAUGGAAAUUUUCUUGCUCCAUUGAAGAAAGAUAUUAAGAAAUGUCUUGAAUUAGGUUAUUCUAGUGGAAUCCUUAUGAUGGAAAUGGCGAGUAGACCACUUUCACCUAGAGAUACCUAUCCAGAUAAUUGUCAUUUCGAAUUUGGAAAUUUUUAUGAAAAGAUUCCUUAUCCUGAUGAAUGUUUCGAUUUUGUAUAUUUACGUCUAACCAUGGUACAUGUUAAAAAAAGUCAUUAUGAUUUUAUUAUGAAAGAAACAUAUAGAGUUCUUAAGAAAGGAGGACCUAUUUAUAAAAAAUUUGAACAAGAAGUAUUUGAAAGUCUACAAAGUCGAGAUAUUGAUCCCUUGAAAAUUCAUGAAAUUAAAGAUAUUUUACCCACAAUUGGUUUUCAUAAUGUGAAAGUAACUACUUUUGAUAUUCCACUUGGUUGGAAAGAAUAUGCAGGAAGUUUGGAAGAUGUGGAUAAAUUUGAAUAA